AUGUCUCGUGCUACAACCAAGAAGUUGGGUUCCUGGAAGCGACCCCAGGUGAUGGUGAAUGAAGGUAAAGAAAAUCAAAAUUUCCCUUAUGUGUCUCUGAAACCAAUACCAAAGGUAGUUUUAGAAAAAGUGCUUAAGGUUCACCUUGCUGCCUUUCCACCCAAUGAUGAAGAGUUAGACCAAGGGGCAUUGUGUGUGAAGACUGAAAUAAAUACAGUUUACAGAGGGAUUUUAACUACAAAAAUGGAAGCUACAUCUUCCAGGGCAGAAUCUACUCUCCACAAAACAUCCUUAGAUGCUCAUCCUGAAAAUAAUAUGCCCCAACACAAGAGCACUUCAGAUACAGUGAAUCUCAGUGUUGAUACAGAAAGCAGUCAGGAUGGUGACAGUGAUGAAGAUAACAUGCCAGGCCUGGAAGAUUUUCCAGAAUUGUCACCAUAUGAAAGGAAGAGACUAAAGAACAUAUCAGAAAAUGCAAACUUUUUUGCAUCUCUUCAGUUGUCUGAGUCAGCUGCAAGACUCCGGGAAAUAAUAAAUAAGAGACAACCUUCUGAAUCCAAGAGGAAGAAGCCUAAGAAGAGAGAAAAUGAGACUGGCUGUAGAAGGUCAAUGCGAUUAUUAAGAGUAGAUCCUUCAGGAGUUCCAUUACCAGAAACGCCAACCCAGCCCACAUUAGAAGCAGAUGAAAAUCCUUUGUUACCUCCUGGGCCGUUAGAAAUGAUUCCUGACAAUCAAGAUGCCAAUGAAGUGUUUAAAGGAUUUCUACAGACAUGGUCAGAAAUGAGCAAGACAAGUAGGAACAAUGCAGUGAAGGAAUUAUCUAGCCUUAAAAGCUAUAAAAACAACUUAUGUGGUAUGGUGAUUAGUCAAGAUACUGUUUGUAAAGUUACCAGUGGCUCAGUAUUUUCUAUAGCUCUCCAUCCAUCAGAAACUAGAACUUUGGUGGCAGCUGGAGCCAAAUCUGGGCAAAUUGGAUUUUGGGAUUUGACCCAGCAUCCUAAAGAAGAUGGAGUUUAUAUUUUUCGUCCCCACAGUCAGCCAGUUAGCUGUCUUUACUUUUCACCCACCAAUCCAGCCCACAUCCUGUCAUUGAGCUAUGAUGGCACAUUACGUUGUGGAGAUUUUUCCAGAGCUAUUUUUGAAGAGGUAUAUAGAAAUGAAAGCACAUCCCUUUCUUCCUUUGACUUCUUGGCAGAAGAUGCCUCCACUUUAGUAGUAGGACACUGGGAUGGAAGUAUGUCACUUGUGGAUACACGGACACCUGGAACUUCUCAUGAGAAACUUACCAAGUGCUCUAUGGAAAAAAUAAGAACUAUUCAUGUUCAUCCUGUGCAUAGACAGUAUUUUAUUACUGCAGGAUUAAGGGAUGUUCAUAUUUAUGAUGCAAGAAACCUGAGUCCCAGGGCAAGACAGCCUUUGAUUUCUUUGACUCAACAUACAAAGAGCAUUGCUUCUGCUUAUUUUUCACCUGUAACUGGUAACAGAGUGGUAACCACAUGUGCUGAUUGUAAUCUGAGAAUCUUUGACAGCAGCUGUGUAUCCUCUCGUCUUCCUCUCCUCACCACAAUUAGGCAUAACACCAAUACAGGGCGCUGGCUGACCAGAUUCCGAGCUGUGUGGGACCCUAAACAAGAAGACUGUGUCAUAGUUGGCAGCAUGGCCUAUCCCCGGAGAGUGGAGAUCUUCCAGGAGACAGGAAAGUGCCUGCACUCUUUCCUUGAUGGAGAGUAUCUUGCUUCUGUGUGUUCUAUCAAUGCCAUGCAUCCAACUCGGUAUAUAUUGGCUGGGGGUAAUUCCAGUGGGAAGGUACAUGUUUUUAUGAAUUAA